UCCUGAUGUCUAAUAUAUAAGGGGCGUGUGACUCCUGUGUUGUAGCUGCCUCAAACCCAGAAGGCUUAUGUAUAACUCUUGACUUCUAUAAGCCAUUCGAUCAUCAUGAGAAUCCAUUUCUCGACUCCCAUCCUGGGUCUAGUUGCAGCGUCUCUGGCCCUCGGGAACAACCUCCAAGUGUCUGGCACAUUCUCUCGUCCAGCAUCACGUGUGCGACCACGGUUCAGAUACUGGUUACCUGAUGCCAGUGUAGAUGCCGAGGUUGUCGCUAAGGACGUCGCGUCCGCUGCAUCUAUAGGCGCCGGGGGAAUCGAGUUUCUCCCUUUCUUUGAGUACGGCGGGGAUAUUGGCAGAAUGCCCACUGGUGCAGAUUGGUCCACGUACAAUUUCGGUACACCUGCCUUCGUCAAGCUCUUCGAGAGAGUUCUUGAAGCACAUGAUAGAGAUGGUCUCGUCAUGGACUUUGCGCUGGGGCCAAACCAGGGCCAGGGAGUUCCCGCAAGCCCAGAUGAUGAGGGCCUGCAGUGGGAUAUGGUGCCAUUCACUGAAAAAUUGCCCGCCAGUGGAUCAUUUAAUGGCAAAAUCCCUGGUUGGGGAACAGGCAAUCUCAUCUCACUAGUUACAGCUCUUGUCAAAUCCAAUCAGUCCAUAACUUACCCAGGAACGGGUCUUGUCGGUAUCCAAAACGUUACCUAUGAUGAGUACCAACUAAAUCAUAAGACGCUCAAGGAAGUCACUGGACGGGUUGAUCGACAAGGUCAUGUCAAGCUAUCACUCCCGAAAGCACCCAACGGAUCGCACUAUAGAGUUUUUGCUUUCUAUGAGAGGCUCUCCGGUCAUAAGAAUUUGAAAUUCGACUCGACUCGACAUAGAACCAUUUUUGAUAACGGAUCUUACGCUGUUGAUCAUUUCAGUGCUCAAGGGGCCGCUGUUGUGGGCCAAUUCUGGGAGAAGUAUAUUCUCAAAGGCAGAGUACCCAUGCUCCUCGCCAAAGUUGGUAAUUACGCUUACGGUUCAUCGCUGGAUGCGCUGGCUGCUGUCCCGGCCGUGGAUGCCCCAGAGUGCGAGAGUCUCGGAUUCGACGACAAUAUUGACUCAUACCGUUCAUUUGCCGGCCCUGCCCGCCUUGCUGGCAGAAAGAUUGUUUCUAACGAGAUGGGUGCCGUCAGAGGUUCUGGACUUCAAUACCAUCUUCCACAUCUGAUCUUUCAAAUCAAUCGUGCGUUCCUUGGUGGAGUCAAUCAGAUGGUCUUACACGGUCAAUCGUAUUCGGGAACUUAUUACGAGACCACAUGGCCAGGUCAUGUUCCUUUCAGCUACUUAUUCUCAGAGCCAUUCUCUCCACAUCUCCCAUCCUGGGACCAUGGGCUGAAUGAGAUCAUGGAUUACAUUGCCAGGAACCAGCACAUACUGCAAGGUGGCAUGCCCAAGGCGGACGUUGUUAUCUAUAACAAGGAGUCUGCCACGACGAUCAGAAACAUUUACCAAGGGAAUGAUUUGCUCUCAGGAGGGUGGUCAUGGAAUUACCUCUCGGCCAACAAUCUCAAGCUUGAGCAAGCCGUAGUCAGGAAUAGGGUCUUGGCUCCUGACGGCCCAGCCUGGAAGGCUCUCAUCGUGGAAAGCUCUCAAAACCUGACCCUCGACAGCGUCAAGAAGCUGAAGUCAUUUGCUCAAAAAGGACUUCCCGUUGUCUUUAGCGGGGGCUCGCCGACGUAUUAUCCAACGGGAGAUGGAUCUCGCAAGGAUGAAUUCGAACGUCAACUGUCACGGCUCCUGAGGUCUAAAAAUGUCCACUCUGUUGCAUCUGGAAAAGUCGCAGACAAGUUGAAGUCACUUGGCGUACAACCUCAAAUCCAGGCGAACACAAAUGGUACAUUUUAUACAUCAUGGAUCGAAACAAACAAAAUCGGUUACGCCUUGAUCUACUCAGACUUGGUAAGAUCCACUGGCACCAUCACUGUCAACAGCAAGCAGGCGCCGUUUUACUUCAAUGCUUGGACUGGCGAGAUUACUCCAGUAUUGGUCUACACACGAACUAAGGCCACCACAACCAUUCCUGUUGAUCUCGCUGGCAACCAAACUCUCAUCUUGGCAUUUGGCGAUGGGUUGCGGCAACAAGUACCAGUCCCUAAGUAUCACGUCGAAAAGGCACCCUCUAACGUCUUGGUCCCGGAUGCGUUCAAACUAUCGCAAUGGUCAUUGACAGCCGAACAUUGGGAGGCACCAGAAGAUCUUUACGACAGCAGCAAUACGGUUAAGCACAACACUACACAUCAACUCACUACACCAAUUUCGUGGAGCGAGGUCUCAGCUCUUAAUAAUGCUUCAGGAGUAGGGUACUAUACUACCAGUUUUCAGUGGCCCCCGAAAGGCGCUCGGCACGCCUCCAAGUCAUUGGGAGCAUACAUCCACUUAUCUACAGUCAUCGAUGUGGUGAAGCUUUCAAUUAAUGGGCACAUGGUCCCUCCGCUAGACGUUACAAACGCGGUUGCAGAUAUUACUCCGUAUCUGAAGGAGGGUAAGAACAUAGUUUCCUUGAUCAUCCCGACAACACUGUGGAAUUAUGUACGAACAAUCAUCACCGAACUCAAAACCGCUGGUUCUUCACCUCUACCGGUUACACUACAAGACUAUGGGAUACCGCUAGCGGGACGCACGGAGUCCGGGUUAGUUGGGACAGUUACUCUUACACCGUUCAAGAGUGUUGUUGUCUAGGUUGUGGUAACGGCAAUAUUGGGGCUCAGUUCGGC